UCCUUUGUCAUAUUGCCUCUUGCUUGUUUCUUUUCAUACACCUUGACCUCGGUUAUAAACCUCGCCUUUCCUUGCUUUUGUGCAAAAUUUUAUCGCAGAUGUCACUUUGAUCCUGAAGAGAAAGACGUGGUUAUAAUCCUGACCCUGAAGUGUCACUUGUAUGGAUUGUUUUUGAAAGACUAGCGCUAAAAAUGGUGGUGGAUCAGCUAGAGGACGUGGUUCAGAGAUGGAGAACAACUAAAGAAAAUGAGUUUACACAAGAUGAUCGUGAGCUUUUCCUAAAUGCAAGUGUUACCUCCAUUGCUCAAGGUAACAGUGGUCAACUGCUCGACUUCAUAAAGCAGGAGGUGAAUCAGCACAUAGUGAGGUCUAUGGCCAGCAGCCUAUUGCCUUCACUGGUAAAGGAUGUGCUGAAAAAAAAUCGCAGUUCUGCUCAUUCUCAGGCUAUCCUCGAUGAACUUGUGCUGCUCUGCGAUGUUAAAGAACUCUUCGACAUUUUACUCCCGCAAGUGGAUGACAUUGAUCCAGAUGCUAUUGCAGACACAAUCACUGUUCUCAUGCCUCUCGUUCAGUCAGUGCUGUUAAGAAUGGAGUCAAAGGCUCCUGGACUUGCUUUGGCCUUGGAUUCUCUGCAGAAACAGAUUUCAAAGCUGCCUGUACCAUACUCACACAAACAGGAACAGGAAGAUGAGCAUGGGCUCUGCCGAUGCUGCAGUGCAGCACUGACCUUUGUACAACCUUUUGUGCAGGAAGCCAAGAAUCAAGACUUAAACCUAGACUUGGCCACCAACCAAGACUCAAAACUAAGAGCUACUCUUCUAAAGUUCUGCAUGGUGAGUCUAAGGGAACCUCUUCUUCAAGCCCAGCUGAACAGGGAGGUGAAUACUGUGGAAAAUUCACCGCUGUGGAAGUUUGCCACAGAAAUAAUGGCAAUCCUUGCGAUGAUCCAAGAGCCCCUACCAAAACUCUUAUUUUCCCGUCCAUUCACAAAGAAGGAAGAUGGUAUUACACUGGACAUGAGUGAUUGUCAACAGAAGGAAUCAAAAGCAUGCAUUGCUUACUUACUAUUUGUCCAGCUUAUUGCUGUGGAAGUGUUUCCUGUAGUGUAUAGCCCUGUUUUCAUCCUUCAAUGUAAUAUGGAAUACAUCAGUCUUCUGUUAAGUAGGAAGGAUGAAUCAUGGAUUUUGAAAGGCUUGGACUUAAAUGUAAAAAGUUUGGAGAGAUUAACAGACAGUAGCCUCCCAGUGGAGCUCUUACAACUUAAAUCUUUUCACGAGGUCCCACAGAACUUGGUUAAAAUCAUGACUGACUGUCCUAUCCAGCACCUACAAAGAAAGAGCCUUGUAGUGUUCCAGCUCUUCAUAGAGAAACUUGAUGGUGAAGCCAAGCACAAGUUUUUCAGACGCAUCAUGAAAACUAGCCAUCAUGCAGGAGUAGAAAGUAUCAUCAUCAAAAACAUCAAGAACCACAUGGAGCUGUUAAGAAAGUCAGGUAACAAGGACGGCUGGUUUGAGGGGACACGGUUCAUCUCGCUGCUGAAAGAUGCUAUCGUUCUCCCACAGGGCCAUGAAACUGACUUGCUACACGAAAUGGACAGGGUUAUGGAGUCACUAAAUAUUUUAAGAUAUUUGUUACUACUGGAAAGAAAGAGUUGUACUGGAAUAUGGACAGACUUGUGCGACACCGCAGACAGUUAUACAAAGAUACUACGAGUGUGUCUUAAAAUGUCAAAAUCAUACUAUGGAACAGAGUUAAAAAAUUUAAGAGAAAAUAAGAGAAUAAAGGCCAAAGAAUUUAAAGAGGCCUUUGGGAACCGAACAGUCCAGAGCAUGAUUGUAAAUACUGAGAUGCUUGGCAGCAUGCCACGUGAUGCACAAGAUAAGGUUUUGCAGUGCGCCCUGGUCACGUAUGACUUAAUGGAGAGCCUUGUGGUCUGUAUAGAGGAGAUCAUAGAGGGGAAGCAAGAAUGAACAAAGUUGCACAAUUACUCCUUUCUAAACUUGAACACUAUUUAUUUAUGUUCUCUGAAGCAUGCGAUUUUUUAAAUGAUAGCAAACAUCCACAUAUGCUAUAAUUUUAGUAUUUUCAAUAUUCUUUCCUAGCUUUUCAACACAAUAAAAUGUUUAUAGUUAUUUUGAUUUUGUGAUAUAUGAACCAAAUGAAAUGAAAGUGGAUGUUCACAGCCUCAAAACAAGUAUGAAUAUCAAAUGAAAGUUCCAUGCUGAUGGCUUGCAACAAAUUUUUGAGAAGCCUACUUUAAGAUGACACUGACAUCUUCUGGUAAAAAGAAGUACUGCAAUGAAAAACUUGAACAGAAAAUACAACAAUGCUCUUAACAGAGCUGCAUCUUUUCAAGCAUUUGCCAAACAGGACUAUGAUCAAUGAUGUAAUCACAAGCCAAAACCAUCUGAUCUUUCGAAUUCUCCACAUGGGGUUUACUUGUAGCCUGUAAUAAAACAGAGAUAUUCAACUUUUA